AUGGAAGUGGGACAUGAAGUAAUAAUCACUUCAGUUCAGGCCUUGCAGAAUGGUUAUACACCAAACCAAGUGGAAAAUUGUGAUCUAUUGGAGCUAGCAGAUGCUUGUAAGUUUCUUCUUCAUUCAAUGUUUAUAUUUUAUAGUAAGAGCAACUUAUUUUAAUAAUUGUUAGAAGGGGUGGAAGCUGACCUAUAGAAUUUUGAUGUCUAUAUGCACUGGCGUUGACACCUGCAUAAGUUGUUCGACAAGCUUUUUUACAUGGACAAAUAGGGCAGAGAGAGAGAAAUGCAAAACUGCAUUGGCACGAACUUUAUUAAGUAGGUUCUUUGUGGUAACAUGCAGGAAGUGAAAUUGUUUUCAGGUUGAAAGUAUUUCUCAAUUAUUUCAUGCACCAGUAAUCUUUAAGGUUUAGGCUUGUUUGGUCUCCCUUUUAGUCAUUGAAGUGAGAUGAAGUUCCAGAUGUCAAGGGGGAGAUGGUGAAAUUUCCCCUGGAACCCACAAGCUUCUACCUUCCCCUUCCUGUUGCUCAAGUUAGUAAUGAAAGUUUCGGGCAAAUGCCACAUCUCUAAGUAGUUUGUUAUUGGGUAGUUUUGUGGCGUUCGCUAGACCAGUCUGCGUGUCGUAAACCAAAUGGGCUUUCCAUCUCCCCACCGUCAAAUAAUGCUCAGCUGGCUUUCAGUUUUUGUCUGGCUCACUCAGUCAGUUUGAGACAGGGAUGUCUGAAUAAAUCAUUGCUGGGGGACUUGUGGCACUCUAGGUGUUUUUGGACUACUACUCCCAUCAUUCAUUAUCUUUGGUCAUGUGAGUUGAUGGUGGGUGUCGGGGUCCAGCAACCCCCAAUCCUGGAGUAAAUGCUUGGUGGUGUGGCCCAAAGGAUAGGAACACAGAACACAGAAAGCCACCUGCAGUCGUGAAGGGAUGCAUACUUGUUUAUUAUUGAUUUGACAAAUGUCAUUCCUUGCCUUUCAGCUCCAAGGAGCUCCCAGGGAAGGAAGAAGGAUAGAAAAAGUUGGAAGGUUAGUGACACCCCCGUGCCCCCUGCCAUAAUAUUCCAGCAGCAUUAAAAACAUGGAAUAAAAGUUUAAAAGGCUUGGAGUAAUAGAAAGAAUGCAGCAAACCCUCCAACCUUUCUCCAAUGAAAAUAGGGACAUCCUAAGGAAAAGUGGGAUAAAAUCAGAAAUGGGGAUGGCUUCUGUAAAUCUAGGACUGUCCACUUGGCGGGUCUGAAUACAGCCAGUUCAGCAGAGUUGGGGAUCUGGAUCUGGAACGCAACAUAGGACAAAUCCCUAUCUGCCCACCUGCCACUCACCUGACAGCAUUAUGACACCAGGUGACCUGUUCUUGCUUGUGCAUACAAUCAGAAUAGCCUUGAAUAGCAUUGCACACAAACGAGAGAGCAAGAAUAUUCCAGCAGCCUUAACAACACAGAAUGAAAGUUUAAAAGGCUUGGAGGAAAACAAUUUUUAAUAAUAAUAAUAAUAAUAAUAAUAAUAAUAAUAAUUUGUUCUGAAAAGACAUAAGGUUCCGUAAACUUCUGUGUGGAGAGCAUACUAAAGCAUGCUACAACAAACCUUAUUUUUGCAGUCCACCUUCUAUGCAUGUAACAUGGUUUUUCAAAAAAAUAAAUAAAUAAAAAAUAAGUGACCGUAGAAUUUCCUUCCAUCCUAAGAGGAAACAGCAGCAGUGACUUAUAGGAAUGUGAUCUGUUGGCACUGCAAACACAGAGGCUGAGCAAAUAUUUAGCAUCAGGAUCUUAAAGUGAGUUAAGCUGGCUCAAUGUCUACGAGGUAUUUACUUCCUUUUGUAGUUCCGUGUCAUAUCCUCAUCAUAUAAAUCCAUUCCCUUAAGUUGGUGCAAACGUUUUCUGAUCUUUUUUGUUUUGUUUGUUUAUAGCCUGCUUGGAAAUGUGGGUCAUAUACAUCUCACCCAGAUCCAUUUGCUCUUUGCAUCUCUAUCUAUAUGGAGGUAGGGGAGAGGAACAAGCUGCUUACGAUUUCUCAAGCUACCUCUGGUUUCGGCGCAUCACAUUUCCAGACAAAAGCUGAAUUUAGGCUUACUUCAAAAAGCAAGUCGCUUAGUCCUGAGACCAGAAAGAGCAAGAUUAUGGAAGUCUCAUACUGAGGUGUAUUUUUGGGUAAACAGAAAUGUAGAGUGUCAGUGCCCCAGGGUCGGUGUUGACUGGGGAUUGGGCUGCAUGGAUACACUUCUGCUACUUACAGACCUUCCAAGUGUCCCUAUUUUCCAGGGACAGUCCCAGAUUUACAGACGCCAUCCCCCUUUCUGUUUUGACCCCAGAAUGUCCUGCUUUUACUUAGGAUGUCCCUAUGUUCAUCAGAGAAAUGUUGGAGGGUAUGGAGUUGUGCAUUCCCCAAGCCAAGGAGAUAUAUAACCUUUAGAAGACACCUGAAAGCCGCCCUGUAUAGGGAAGGUUUUUUUAAUGUUUUAUUACGUCUUUGUAUAUGUUGGAAGCCUUCUAGAGUGGCUGGAGAAACCCAGUCAGAAAGGCUGGGUAUAGGUAAUGAAAUUAUCAUUAUGGAAUGUUGUUGUUGUUGUUUAGUCGUGUCUGACUCUUCGUGACCCCAUGGACCAGAGCACGCCAGGCACUCCUGUCUUCCACUGCCUCCCACAGUUUGGCCAAACUCAUGCUGGUAGCUUCGAGAACACUGUCCAACCAUCUUGUCCUCUGUCGUCCCCUUCUCCUUGUGCCCUCCAUCUUUCCCAACAUCAGGGUCUUUUCCAGGGAGUCUUCUCUUCUCAUGAGGUGGCCAAAGUAUUGGAGCCUCAGCUUCAGGAUCUGUCCUUCCAGGGCUGAUUUCCUUCAGAAUGGAUAGGUUUGAUCUUCUUGCAGUCCAUGGGACUCUCAAGAGUCUCCUCCAGCACAAAAGCAUCAAUUCUUCGGCUAUCAGCCUUCUUUAUGGUCCAGCUCUCACUUCCAUACACCACUACUGUGAAAACCAUAGCUUUUUAAUAUACAGACCUUUGUUGGCAAGGUGAUGUCUCUGCUUUUUAAGAUGCUGUCUAGGUUUGUAAUUGCUUUUCUCCCAAGAAGCAGGCGUCUUUUAAUUUCAUGACUGCUGUCACCAUCUGCAGUGAUCAUGGAGCCCAAGAAAGUAAAAUCUCUCACUGCCUCCAUUUCUUCCCCUUCUAUUUGCCAGGAGGUGAUGGGCCCAGUGGCCAUGAUCUUCGUUUUUUUGAUGUCAAGCUUCAGACCAUAUUUUGCGCUCUCCUCUUUCACCCUCAUUAAAAGGUUCUUUAAUUCCUCCUCACUUUCUGCCAUCAAGGUUGUGUCAUCUGCAUAUCUGAGGUUGUUGAUAUUUCUUCCGGCAAUCUUAAUUCCAGUUUGGGAUUCAUCCAGCCCAGCCUUUCGCAUUAUGGAAUAGGACAUCCCUAUUUUCAUUGGAGAAACGUUGGAGGGGAUGCAUCUCUGCAAAGUAUUACAUAUGGCAUCAGGUGUAUGGGCAGGCAGGUGUCGUUUGGGGAAUACAGCCUCAUGGACAAAAUUUGAACCCCUAAAAGACCAGGUGUGACUCAUGGGCCAGAGUCUCCCCAUCCUGGCUUAGUCUAACCCACUACCAAAAUGCAGGACCUCACAGUCACAGCUCCCAUGUAACAGAUACACACUCAAUGCAAAUCUCAUGAAAAUAUUUCAAAUGUUUCCUGUUGGCUUCCAUAGAUUAGAUGGAUCCACAAAUGUUGACAUUAUGCAAGCCGUUCUCAGUUUUGUGUCAGAAGAACAAUGGUAUGAAUGUAUAAACUUUUUGCAACAGUAUUUCUUUUCUGCUCUGUAAUUAACGCUUGCAGACGGUUUGGUUAGGUACAUUAUGAGCUGGUUGUAAUAUAAGAACACGAAUGGAGUAAUAAAGCAAUGUGUAUGUAUGAUGUGGUGCUCAGUUUACUGCCGGUUGAAUUUUUUUAAUCAAGUGUUUGACUAAAGAGAGCUCUAAUGCCCUAAAAUGAAAAAGAUGUGUUUAUUCCUCAGUCUUGGACUAUGAAGGAGCAACAACAACAACAACAACAACAUCGCCCCAAGUGUCUGCAAAAUGAUAAGUUGGCAAAAUAAAUAUUUGGAUGCUGACUGUAAAGAAGUCAAAUGAAUAUUACUAGCGGUGCUUUGGGGAUUUUGAAAAAACAAGAACAGCUAAGAAAACCCAUUUCUCUAAUGAGCACAGUUUGUGAUUCAGAAUCUGGUGGAUUUUUGAGCCGCGUCCCCUGCGCUUUCAAUACAUGCUGCAACAUCAAGUGAUGGCACACAUGAUCUGAUGCUUGUAUUUUUUUGGGGAAGCCACCCAGAAUGGCUGGGGAAGCCCAGACAGAUGGGCGGGGUAUAAAUAAUAAAUAAUAAUAAUAAUAAUAAUAAUAAUUAUUAUUAUUAUUAUUUAGUCGUGACUUUUACGUCCCCCUCAGCCCUGGGCUUUUUUAAUGGAGCUCAUUCACACGUUCAGCUGUCAAUCAUCAAGUGCAGAGAAAUCAAGUGAUUUAUGUGAAACCUGCCCUUUAGAAAAGAACUGCGCUGUGUGGUUGCUUUUAUACAUAUUUAUCUCAUCUAUUUCAUUGUUUUCACUUAUUUAUACGAAGAGCAAUAACCAACAUUCAACAAUCCCACCCCCACCAGCAGAAGCACCAACUGCCAAAAUGUUAGCGUUAAGCUUUGAAGCAAGGAACCAGUGGUCUUUGGGAUGUCGUUGAGCUCCAGUUCCCAUCGUAGCUGACCACCGGCUGUGCUGUUUGGAGCUGAGGGGAGACGGUAGAAGAAGAAGAAGAAGAGUUUGGAUUUGAUAUCCCGCCUUUCACUCCCUUUAAGGAGUCUCAAAGCGGCUAACAUUCUCCUUUCCCUUCCUCCCCCACAACAAACACUCUGUGAGGUGAGUGGGGCUGAGAGACUUCAAAGAAGUGUGACUGGCCCAAGGUCACCCAGCAGCUGCAUGUGGAGGAGCGGAGACGCAAACCCGGUUCACCAGAUUACGAAUCUACCACUCUUAACCACUACACCACACUGGCUCUCAUACCCAACAACCCUUGUAAGGCUGACAGCUCCCAGUCCUAAAUAGCUUAGGGCCACAUCAUACAUUUAAAGCACCUCCUCCUGGGAACUGCAAUUUGUUAAGGGGAAUUGUAGCUGUGUGAGAGGCAGAGCUCCCCCCCCCCCCACAGCUGGAACUCAGUUCUGGCACCUCUCAGAUGGGCGCCAUUGCCAGUACAGUGGUACCUUGGUUUAAGAACAUCUAAGUUUAAGAACAACUUGGGUUAAGAAUGCUGCAAACCCGGAAGUAGGUGUUUUGGUUUGUGAACUUUGCCUUGGAAGCAGAACAUGUUCUGCUUCCUGUUUGUUCAGUGUGUUCCAUUUGUAAAUUGAGUCCCCUGCUGCUAUGGGAAAGCACACCUUGGUUUAAGAACGCUUUGGUUUAAGAAUGAACUUCCGGAAUGGAUUAAGUUCGUAAACCAAGGUAACACUGUAUAAGAGAACAAGAGAGGUGUUCAUGGUGAGUUCUGGCAUCCCUUUUUAAUAGCACUGGUGAGAGGUAAACUAUAGUUCCCAGGUUUCUCGUGUGCGUGUGCGUGCGUGCUUUAAAUGUGUACACAGCACAGUGGCUUCCAUGAUACUCCACAUCUCCAAUCAUUCUUCGUAGCAUUUGCAUGUCCUGGCAACCAAGGGGAAACCACUUGCAGAUGAAGGAUCCCUCCAUGGGUAUAGCAGAAUUCUUGCAGCUGUACAAGAUGAGGUUAAGUGCGGGAGACCCACCCUCAAAGCCAAGGCACGGUGACAGGUGUUGGGAGGGGGGAGGUCAGAAUGUGGACAUGAAGUCUUUGAGGAGGAGAGGAAGGAGUAGAUUGUGAGCAUUGUAAAGCUGCCCACUACAAGGACAUGGACUGAAUAAGGAGAUUGUUAUUAAAAAAAAAAAAAAGCUUCUGUAAUCGAUAGGGUGUAUCUGUUGGAAAGGUCUGCAUUGUAAGGGAGAAAGAAAUACUGCAGUGAGAUCUUCUCGCAGGUGGAAGCCAAGUGUUCAAAGAAAAGGGUCUUUCAGCACCUGCUUUCGUUAUCUAACCUUUGCAAGUUGGCAUUAACAAGUUCCUGUUUAUCCUUCUGCUGCAAUCGCCGCUGCUUCUUGAAGGAGCCGACCAUGAGAGGGAUCUUUUAUAUGCCAGGUUUCCAUUAAUGGGCAAUUGGCCUUAGAUUUUAUGGCACUGAGUAGCACUUCCUUCUUUAGUGUCUCUCUCCCUCUCUCCCCUCCCCUGUUCGCAUGUUUUGGGGAUAUAUUUCCAUAGGAAAGUUGAUAAGUAUACAUAGACUGGGCAAGUUGUUGAUAGAAUUUUUUUCCUUCACUUUUCACAAUACAUUUAUAAGAGAACGAAGUGAUUUAUGAGAAAUAAAGAAAAGAAAGAAACCAAAAGAAAGAAGAAACUGAAAAAGAAACUACAAAUUCCUCUUUCACUGCUCUAAACUUUCAUCCCUGCAGAGGAAGGUGUGUCCUGCAAGCUCUCACCUGAGCCCAUCCACUCUUCUCCCAACCUCCCAGCCUGCGAGAUCUCCCCUUCACGGUCCUCAGACUGUCCUUCCAACUUCAUCUGUAUACAGUUCUUACCAAUACAGUUAUUGGUAAGUAAUUGUUGUUGUUGUUGUUUCUUCUUUUGAAAAAACCAAGACCACACUGGAAUCGUGGAAGACCAGUGUUAACUAAAGCCCAAGGUGCCGCACAAUGCAAACAGGAACACCAGGGACUUUUAUUUCUCUCGCCUGAGCAGCUUGCUUAGCAAUAUCCUCGGGUGACAUUUUUGCAAGGGGUCAUGGGACCUUGGAGCGAUGCCAGCAGCAGCAUUGGAAACUUGGCUCACUAAUUACUCCCACUGCCUUUCCCUCUCCUACCCCACCCCACCUCUCUCUCUCUCUCUCUCUCUCUCUCUCUCUCUCUCUCUCCUCAGUUCAGGUAGUGAAACCAAUAUGUUUCAACAUGUUCUGGCAUGUGAGUUCCUUUUGAGGCCUGCUCUCUCUCCCCUCACACACAACUCACACACACACAGAGAAAGAACCCAUGCAGAAUACUACAAAUAACAAAAAGCUCUCUCUGUACUCAGCAGUGCACCACUGCAGGUGCAGAAUGUGUCCCAGCAGCGUGGGUGUGUUGAGAUAAGCAAACUUCCACUUUUUUGGGGGUGGGGGUGGUUUGGUUGCUCACACUGAGGCAAUUCUUUCUGAGCUGUGCAUGCAUAGCAGUGAAAUCUGAAGGUUAUGGGGGUGGGAAUUUUGGAUAUGAGUGAAAUGGCAACUCAGGACUGACUCAGGGGUGUUUUUCUUUGAAAAGUAGUUUGGAAGAGGGAGCAAAAGUUUGUUUGCUUCUCUUCUUUUUCUUUUUUUAAAAAAUACUCAUGAGGUAAUCUAAUCUCCUCCCUCACCUGCAGGUGCAACAGGGAUGGCUCACAAUAUACAAAAAGGAGGAAAUUCCUUGUUGACACAGGUGAUCGGUGCUAAGUGGCCAAAAUUGAUAGAAUAAUAUCAGUGCUCUCCAGCUACCAAAAGCUGCCAAUUUCAACCUACCACAGUGAGGCUGCUUUCUCCAGCUCUGUGUUCCACAGGAAGGUGAUUCUACAGCUUCUUUUCUUGGGGGAGAUGAAGACUUUGAAGAGAGUUUGGAUUUUAUAUCCUGCUUUAUCACUACCUGAAGGAGUCUCAAAGCGGCUAACAUUCUCCUUUCCCUUCCUCCCCCAGAACAAACACUCUGUGAGGUGAGUGGGGCUGAGAGACUUCAAAGAAGUGUGACUAGCCCAAGGUCACCCAGCAGCUGCAUGUGGAGGAGCGGAGACGCAAACCUGGUUCACCAGCUUACGAAUCUAUCGCUCUUAACCACUACACCAAUUAUAGCUAAUUUCUUACUCCUCAUGAAUGCUCUGAUCCCUGAAUGCAAUGUGCUGUACAGUGCAAUGCAAUGCAAUGCAAUGCAAUGUGAGAGACACUAGGCCUGCUAGGUUUGAUGGACCAUAGGGGGAGCAUGGAGAGAGGAGAGGAAGGGGGAUUCCCAUUGCAAAGGCAGAAAUUCUUGCACAAAUGGGACAGCAGUGUUGGCUAUAACACUGUGAAAUGCGAAUGGUAGCAGUAAGUCUGCUGCAUUUCUAUGUGAAGUUAAAAUACAUACAGAUAAGAACAGCUUUACCUCACUAUUUACAGGCACCCAUGUAAUCUACUAUUGCACCCAUGUAAUGUACUAACCGCAGAAAGGGGCGCAGGGGGCAUCUAAGCCACUGAGCCUCUUGGACUUGCUGAUUGUAAGGUCAGCAGUUCAAAUCUACAUGACGGGAGUUGCUCUGUCCCAGAAGUUUGAAAGCAUACCAGCACGAGUAGAUAAAUAGGUACCGCUGCAGCGGGAAGGUGCACUCUGGCACUUGUCACGGUGUCCUGUUGUGCCAGAAGCAGUUUAGUCAUGCUGGCCACAUGACCCAGAAAACUGUAUGUGGUCAAACGCCGGCUCCCUCGGCCUAAAGCAAGAUGAGUGCCGCACCCCAUAGUCGCCUUUGACUGGACUCAGCUGUCCAGGGGUCCUUUACCUUUACCUACCUUUUGUCUACCACAACUUCACGCUCAUGCUGAACUACUGUAGUAGUUCCAUGAAGAGAAGUGUUUAAGGAGGUCACAAGGACUCUCGGUUGUGUGUUAUGCUAAUAUCUGUUGAUCCAUAUUGUGAGCUGGUUGGUUUAUGGUUUUACUAUUUAAUGACACGGUCAGGCAGAUAGAUGCCCUGAGCAGGUCUGUUGAUGGAGAUGUAUGCUGGACUCACCUGUUAGAGAGUUGGGUUUCUCAGACUCUGGUAGUAAAGAAAACACUCAUCACUUCCACAAGUAUAAUUAGAUAAAACAAACAAACUUGUACAGUAGAUUGGCCUCUCAUCCGGGGCCUUGAGGCAGGUAUAUCAAGCCAUGUGACAUGCAGGUAGUGUUACAAUCUAUUGUUUGUUCUAAAUCUCAGCCUCAGGGAACAGGCAAUUAAAGAUAAACAUAGCCCAGGCAUAAAAUAAAAAGAGCAUCCUGGCCAGGCCAGUCAAAAGAUCAACCAGGUGCGGAGUGAUAAAAAGUCUUUGAAUUGUUGCACCCCAGGUGACUGGCAAUUGUGCUUGCUCCCUCUCUCUUUUCUCCUCCUAGCAUUAAGAAGCAUUAAUGUCUGAGGACAUAGUUAGUCCCUCUUCAAACUGCUUGUGGGUAAAGUGCUAUAGCUCAGUGGUAAAUCACAUACUUAGUAUAUAUAUAAGGUCCCAACUUUGAUCUCUGGCACCUUGAAAAAGGACUGAAAAGGACUCCUGUCUAAAGUCAUGGAAAGCCACUACCAGUCAGCAUGGACAUUCUAUGUCACCUCAGUCUCCAAGCCCUCACCUAGGGUUUGGUUUCCUUGGAAUGAAGGCCAGCAGAGACUGUGGUGUCCUUAGGAUAUAUGGUUAUAUUUAUACAUAUAUACAACCUGAGCAUAGGGUAAGAAGGGGCUCACAGCAUUAAUACAUCAAUUGAACUUGCUUCCCCAGUCAGAUUCCAUGAGAAGCCCUGAUUCCAGUUUAGGGCUCAGCAGAAGGUUGAAACAUGUCCUCUACCUGCAGCUUCUAGCUUGCUUCCAGAUUGAAACCUACCCACCUUGGCUAUCAUUCUCCUUGUAGCAGCUAGGUGAGCAGUGUUGGGGGGAAGGCCCAUCAAUUUGUUCUAUGGCACAGAGCAACUUCUUUGUGCUAAAUUGUGGUCCUUAACUAGCUAGCCAAGCUAGUUGGCAAAGGGAUUUGGUUUGGUAAGCUUGGGAUACAGGAUCCCAAGAAUUGGAAGGGACCUAAGAUACCAGCCAGACCAACCGACUCCCCCCCUUGCCGCCCAAUUCAUAACAGUACUGAAUUAGAUGGUCUGACUGGGCACAAAGCACUGCUCAUCCUGACCCAUACAUUCAUAAGCAUACAUAAAAUUUAAGGUGGCAGGAGAUGCAGCAGGAGUUUAGAAGAUGCUGUGGUGUCUUCCAGGAAGUCCAUGUGUGUUGCUGCAAGAAACAACAGGUUGUGUUCAGCUUAGUUGCUUGAAGGAUGGAGGGAGAUUGUAUUCAGCAGAUGUCACACCACCAAUAAAGAAUGGCUAAACUAGAGCAACUGCCUGGAUUUAAUUUUUUGAAGGUAGGUUGGGGCGAACAUGAGAAAACAAUGUACUUAUUCAUAGUUUCUGUUUCUGAUAUAAAGUGGUCUACAUACCCUUUAGUAUCCAAUUAGCAUCAUGGCUGCAUGGACCAUACCACAUCAAUAAUAAAGGGCUUAUCAAAAUGACUCAUUUGGGAAAGAUGGUUAUCUCAAGUUCCCCUUCUCUACCUCAUACUGUCCCUUGAGAUUUGAAUCAUCAGUUCUCUUUUGUGGUUGAUAUAAAGGUCCUCUGGGGUUGGUGAGUUAUUGUUUACAUGGGAUUUUUUCAUGAUAAAUAUCACAGAACUUUUUAAUGGUGAGGCUGUUUCAACAGAACAGUUUAUAGCACGAUGCUAUUUCUCAUUGCAGACUGGUCUCCUUUGAGGGGGUGAGGGGCAUGCUGGGACAUUUAUGGGUCCAUAAAUGCAGACAAUAAAUGAGCACCAAAUAAAACCCAACUUUAAGAAGCUGCUACAGCAGUUUCUAGGUGCCCUCUCCAUGUCCCACAGUCCUCCUGUGAACAUUAGGCCUCAGCAUCAUAAGAGUUUCCUCAAUACUUGUUAGCAACUGUUCACACCAAUCAGGCAAGAGUGUCCGUUUCCACAAGCAGAGCUGAAACAGUGUACAUCACACUUUGCAAUGCUCAAGUAGUUCACUUCAGUAGUCAAUAGUCAUUGCACAUUACACAAGUUGGUAAGUUGUGCCUACAUUAUGAGCAAGGCCAUGCAUUAGUCAUGUAUGUAUUUAUAGCUUUGUGAGUCUUAAGCUCAGGGUCGUGGGUUCAAGCCCCAUGUUGGGCAAAAGAUUCCUGCAUCUCUCUCUCUCUCUCUUCAUCAUAGUCAUUAAGAAGGGUAAAUCCAAUUUAAAAAUCACUAUUCUGUAAUAUUAUAAAAGCCGUUUUCUGGAUUAGCUACUUCUUGGCAUCCUUAACUACUUAUUUUAACUGAAGUAACCUAAAGGUUACUGUGGGUUAAACCACAGAGCCUAGGACUUGCUGAUCAGAAGGUCAGCGGUUCGAAUCCCCAUGACUGGGUGAGCUCCCGUUGCUUGGUCCCAGCUACUGCCAACCUAGCAGUUCGAAAGCACAUCAAAGUGCAAGUAGAUAAAUAGGUACCGCUUUGGAGGGAAGGUAAAUGACGUUUCUGUGUGCUGCUCUGCUUCGCCAGAAGCAGCUUAGUCAUGCUGGCCACAUGACCCGGAAGCUGUACGCCGGCUCCCUCGGCCAAUAAAGCGAGAUGAGCGCUGCAACAGUAUCAGAACCACCUAACACUUGCCAAUGUGAACUUAUAUGUAUGGAUUAAAAUCACAGCUAUUAAAUCAUUUUUUUCAGUGGGUGAACGGACAGCCCCUGCCCCCCACAUUUACUUUGACUGCAUGAGCAGGGGAGGAGUGUAAACACGUAUGGCUCUCAGCAGCCCACUUAUGAAGUAUUGCAAGCAUGCAGUUAAAUCUGUUAUUCUCUAUUUUUAUGACUUUGCCAGGCUCAACAUUCAUUUGAAAAGAACAAGGGAUCCGAUCCUGUAUACAUGUAGACAUAGAAGCCUUGUAAGAGAAGGAAAAGAAUAAGACGACUAAUUCAAUCCUGCCCCCCAUGCAUUUGGACCUCCUAGAUUUGAAAAUGAUUGUUCUUAAAAUGUUCAGUCCAGUUGUCUAGGGUAUGAUUCUGAUUUAGAAUUCCAAGCUUGUCCUCCAAAAUGCUUGCAAUUCCACACAAGUUUUUCUAGGUUAUUAGUAGAAUAAUAUUCUGUAGCCAUCCAGCAAAAUCAUGAUUAACUGCGACAGCGCUUUGCAGAGUUCCACUUGAUAUCCCUGUCCAACCUAAUAAUCACUCUUUUGAGUAGGGUUCAUCCACUAAUUUGUUGCCUAUAUUUUAGUGCUUUGAUAUUGAUAUCUUGGCAUGUUUCAAUUUUCAUAUAAAUAUCUAGAGAGAGAGAAAAAAAGUCAUAGGACUGGUUCACAUACACAUAUACUUUGCUUGAUCCCAUCAGCUGAUUUAUCGCUACUUGAUGUGUGAAAUAUUCACACUGGAAAAUUUAAACUGUUGUCGUUUGCAGUACACAAAAAGAAAGUCCCUCUGAAUUCAAUGGGAAGCACACACUUGUUACGGUGCUUAGGAUCUGCACAUGCAAACCAUCACUGGAUGUGUGUUUCAAUUGGCAAUGAACAUUCUUGUGAGAACCAGCUGGGGAGUGGAAUAUCUGCUACAACCGCAGGCAUUUGAAAUCUUAGUCCUGAACACAAAAAAGCCAUUUCAAGUAAGCAAACCAAAGUCCUUCCUGAGCUUAAAGUUUAGGAAGGCCCUGGGAUUCCAUGGCUAGAACAUUGUGGGAAGUUAAAGAACUUCAUACUCAUCUAAAGUCUGAAUUUGCCCAUAGUGGCUGGGGAAACCCAGCCAGAUGUGCAGGGUAUAAAUAAAAUCAUCAUCCUCAUUCAUCAUCAUCACCAUCAUCUUCACUUGACCUGCUCCAUCCCCACUCACCUGAUAAUCUUUUACCUGGUCUCCUCUGGUGAAUAAUAUUUGGCCACCAGGUGACUAGACAGGCAAGCUUCACAAUUCUCUCUCCCUACUCCCUGUUUUUUUAAGCACAAAAAUGACUCGUCAUAUUUGUUCUUCCAUGCCUUUGCUCUUAAUAGACAAAACAUAACGUAUAUUGUCGGGGAGACUUUGGCAAGAAAACAUCACUUUCCUUGGCCCUGAAUGUCAAGCUCAAACCGAGCAUUAAAUCUUAUAAACAAUGAUAUGACAAAGACAUUCCUCCCUCUUGCUGUUUUUAUUACAGUAUUGUCAGGCUACAAUUUAUUGUCUGCAUUGUUAUACAAAGCAAGUAUCUCAAAGCAGUUUAAUAACAUAAAUUAAUUUAGGCCUGUAUUUCAAAAAUUCUGUGAGUUAAAUUUCAGUGUUAGUUGUUGAGACAUCCACUCCCCCUCCACUUUCCCCUGGAAUUUGAUUACAAGGAAUAAGUUGUAUUGUAUUGAGGGGGGUCCCUGAAGUUUAUUCCUUGCUUAAUUGUCAGUUGUUUCUUAGAAGCAUUUGGAACUGGAGUUCAUGUUUUGUGAGAGCCAAAUUCAUGGACAGUAUAUAGGCCCAGCACAUGAGAGCCUGCGUGGUGUAGUGGUUAAGAGCGGUGGACUUGUAAUCUGGUGAACUGGGUUUGAUUCCCUGCUCCUCUACAUGCAGCUGCUGGGUGACCUUGGGCUAGUCACACUUCUCUGAAGUCUCUCAGCCUCACUCACCUCACAGAGUGUUUGUUGUGGGGGAGGAAGGGAAAGGAGAAUGUUAGCCGCUUUGAGACUCCUUCGGGUAGUGAUAAAGCGGGAUAUCAAAUCCAAACUCUUCUUCUUAUAACUUGAAAUACAUUGGGCCUCAAUAUAUUUGUGGCCUCUGACAUGCAUCCCUCCUUUGUUGCUAUGCUGAUGUAUCUCCUCUCUGCCCCCCACCCCCUAAUUAUUUAGAACUUCCCACUACAGAACAUCAUGUUUCAUCUCUCAUCAACCAGCAAUCACGGAUGGCAAUAAAGCUGCUCCUCCGCAGGCAAGUAGAAGUUGAACAACUGCUGAAGUUUUUCUCCAUUGCCGCAGUUUUCUCCAUGCCAGGAAAAGUCAUGUUGCUUGCUCAUGCAAAUUAGAAGUGAAAGCGUGGAAGGCAUGGAGGUCAACAUUAGAUGGCGCUGGAGCCAAUGACAAGGGGAGCUAACUAAUUCUAGUUUUGUCUUGAUCUUCCUCUCUGUUGAGUUCUAUACAGCCAACAGUGAGAAUAAGGAGGAUGAAGCUCGUAGGCAGUGACAGGCCCCUAGGUAGUUUGUAAAUAAGAAGGAAGGCAGGUUAGGUAGCUAGCUGAGGACAAAUCAAGGUGAUAGGACACCAACCCAUCUGCCUUCAUUGACCAACCUCAACUAGUUCCUUGAAAUUCUUUCAGGUAAUGAUUUAAGCAUGCAGGAGCCAUGUCAGGAAAAGGUAAGAAGCUGAGCGUUAUGAGCAGUAGCGUUCAUCAUUGCAACAUGUGCUAGAUGAAAAUUUGCAGUCUCAGCAGUGUGCUCUCCCAAUAACAAAGAACAAAUUGCGGGGGAUCAUGGCCACAUGGACAGAGUUCCUCCUGGAUUUUCAGGGGACUAAUUUCUAACUGGACAGAACCUUAAAAUAGCAAACUGUCCAGAAUAACAGGGGACACCUGGCCAAUGUAUUUCUAGAUCUACCUGGAGAUGCCAAACAUUGGGCCUGCAACUUUCUGUAUGCAAAGCAUGUGCUCUACCGCUGAGCGAUAGAACUGCCCCAAACUUCUUACCAAGCGUGAAGAAAUGGAGUUGGUUGGAUAGGCCCAGCCCUGCAGAAAUCCAAGCAUCUACAACAGGGGCAUUGGGUCAAGCUGGUAACUGGCCCAUCUAUCUGCUAUUACCUUCCUAAACUGAGCUAUGGAGUCUCCACUCUUGGAAACUGGCUCCAGGAGUCUAGCAGUGCCCCACUGCUGUGUUUUCUGCCCUGCAUGCAGAGCAACAGUUUGCCAGCAAUUUGCAAAAUUAAAGUUAGAACAAACAGUUUGUUCAGGUGGAGCCAUUAAAUCUGCUGCUGUUGCAGGUCUCAAAACUACUGGAAGUAGUGAAAGCUGGAAGGAGAUUUGGAAUAGAUCGCCCAAUAAACUGGUGUAUUUAUUUACAUUGGCAUGGUUUUCUGCUGUAGGGAACCCUGUUCCAAGAGGUGUUAGUCUGGGCAUGGUCAGCACUGGCAUAGAGUUUACAUAAAAUGAAGAUUCGGGAGAUUACUGGGCACAAGAACAGGCUUCAGGAACAUUAUAAAUGUUAAAGCACUUAAGAAUGUUAAGCCAGCAAGAUUGCCGUUUGCUCUGAGCAUUCUAAACACCUCUUUCGAAAAGAGAAUUUUGGCAUUUGUUCUGGAACGGCCAAGACAGUGUCUCAUUGUCCUCAGGGACUGGGCUGUGAGAUGGCCGGCAGCCACUGAUGAUAUGUUUGGCAGAGACCUCUAUAGUUUUCAGAGACCAAUUGUUUGCUAGGACCCAACAUUGCCACUGUUCAAGCUGUGAACCAAACUACGUGAAGACAGAAAUCCCACGUUAACCCCAGAAGCUCAGCCAUCGUUGUUGAGCUAAACUGCUCCACUUGCCCCCUUUGUCUGUCUUCUGCUGGCAUUGAAUGCGGCACACACUUAGCAGAGCCUCUUUCCAACAUGAUUCAUUGGAGGGGGGGUCUCUCGCUCACCCCAGUUCCUUGCACAACUGCUUCACAUACUGCUGGAAUUAUUAUACUGGUUCAAUAUGUUCGAGAGUACACAAUGGCAUAUGUCCUCUCAGAGACUGUUCUUUAAUUAUUAUUUUUAAAUUAUGUUCCCCAUGCCCUGUGCUUGCAUGUAAACUGACUACAAAGGUUUGAAAGAGCUGAAGCUGGUUUGUGCCUGGUGUAUUUUGCAAGAUCAGGUCCAAUACUAAUAAGAAGCAGGUAUUCAGAAACUUUAAAAAACCCCUAUCUGCUGAUAAAUGAUGAUACCCAACCUGCAAAUAUAUUCCAGGAACCUAGCUAUUAAUGAUAAGAUGGGGAGUACGGAGGAGAAAUGAUUCUGAGGAGAUAUGGAAGGUUUGCAGAAUUCGUACUGUUAAAAUGGAAAGGGGUCAAACCAUCGCAAGAGAUGUUGACAUUUUGGGAAGUUGAAUAGUUACAAUGGAGUGGUCUUGGGGAUGGGGGUGCAUGUUUUUAUUUAAUAUUAUUGCUUUGUUUAAAAUUUAACAAAUAAAGUAUUUCGGGAAAUCUUAGCAAGAGGUCACUGAGUCCACAUUGCCACAGUGAAGGAGAACAAACAUAGAAAAAGGUAACUGCUACAUAAAGGUUCCCAGUUUUGAACAUUUCUCUUCCAUUUGUCAACUGAGCAAAAAAAAAAAAAAAAAGGUAAAAAAAAGUGGGGGUACUUAAGGUACAGUACAAUAAUUAAAAACCAAUACAUAUAAUAAAAUUAUUAAUCACCAUGGAACAAUUAGUUCAAAAGCAGGAGAACAGAGAUAAAAACUAGAACUAGGUUAGGAUUAACACGCCAACAUCCCUAAGAAGGAAAUUUCCAAAGUGCUGGACUUUUUAGUUUAGGGAGCAAGCGGGGGAAAGGCAACAGAGGGAGAUAAGAUGGUGAUUAUGUAUGGCAUGGAGAAAGGGGAAAGAGACACGUUUUCCUCCCCCUCGUAAUACCAGAACUCGGGGUCAUCCAAUGAAAUUGGAGGAGAUUCAGACAAAAGGAGAUUCUGGACAGAACAGCACACAGCUAAUUUAUGGAAUUCACUUUCACAAGAUGAGGUGAUGGCCAGCAGUUUAGAUGGCUUUAAAAUGAGCUUAGGCAUAUUUGUGGAGCAGGGGUGGGUGGGGAAUCUGUCAAAGGCUACUACUAAUGCUUAUUUGUCAUAUCAUAUGCUUUCUUCAGGGUUAAAGGCAGUGUGAGAGGGCUGCUGCUUUCACGUCCUACUUGUGGACAUGUGGGAAGCAGAAUGCUGGGUUAGAUGAAUCUCUGGUCUGAUCCAACAAGUAAAACAGGAGAUUUAAAAGCCUAGCGAGGGGUGCGGAACCUGUGACCCUCCAGGCAUUGUUGAACUCCAACUCCCAUCUGCCCUGACCACUGGCCUUGCUGGCUGGGGUUGAUGGGAAUGUGAACGAGCAUCAUCUUGAGGACCAGUUUCUCCAACUCUGGCUAAAAGGUGCCAAGAAGGACAUCAGUGGCACUGCCAGGUUAGCUUCACUGGAUAGUGCAUCCCAGAGAUGAGAUGCCACCACUGAAAAGGCCCCGUCUUGGGUCACUACUUGUGUCAUCUUUGAUGCCAGAGGUAUCUGAGGAAGAUUUCCUAACAUCUGGGCAGGGGGGCAAAUUAGAAGUCAGCAGUCCUUAAGGCAUGUACCAGAAGAACAUGCAUGUGCCUAAACAUUGCAUUGCAAGAUAAGAUCCCAACGCACCCUGAUAACUUAGGGUUUUUAUCUCUGCCUUGUACAUGUUGCAAUUUUACCUCUGGCUACCUAGCCUAGCUAAUAAAUACUAUGUGUGUUGUAAUAUAGGUGAGGAGCCUUUGUCAUAAACAAUCUAGCCCAUCUAGUCAGAGAGACUGACCAGGUGCCUAUGGGAAUCCUGCAAGGCAGGCAUUAGCAGAACAGCACUCUGCACAUCUGCAGUUCCCAGCAGCUGGCAUUCAGAGGCACGAUGCCUCCAAUCCUGCUGGUGGAUCAUGCCCAUCAUGGCUACUAGCCCUUGAUAGCCUUGUCCUCAAAGAAUUUGUCUACUCCUCUUUUAAAGCCAUCCAAUUUGCUGGCCAACACUGCAUCCUAUGCAAGUUCCAUAGCUUAACUAUGGGCUCUGAUGUCGCCAGCCCAUAACUUGUCCUCAUUAGUAGGUCAAUGGUCAGGUAAGUCUUCUAAUAAGAAAAAUAAAAUCUGCUCGGGGGAAAAAAACACAGAGAGAGAAAUCAGAAUGCUAGUGGAUCAACAUGUUUACAAACUUAGGCUGGGACCGAAAAUCUCUUUCCACCCUCAGUUUAUUGAAUAUAGUUUCCCCUCUGAAAAUGGAGGCUGCUUUUUUGCUGGGGAAGAACUAUUUCAGGUGUGUGUGUGUGGGGGGGGUGCUGCUUCCCUUUUGGGAUAUUCUCAGGGUGUGUAGCCAGUGGUAGAAGGAGUUGCUGGCUACCAGCUGUAGAAAGAGCAACCCAAUAUUACAAGCAGUGUGCAGCUUUUUUUAACAUUAGGAAAUGUGAGGGGCAAAGGGAAUGGAAAACCUAUGACCACUUCAUUAGGUUAAGCAUGAUAAGUAAUAGUGGUACCUUGGGUUAAGUACUUAAUUCGUUCCGGAGGUCCGUUUCUGUUCUUAACCUGAAAUUGUUCUUAACCUGAAGCACCACUUUAGCUAAUGGGGCCUCCUGCUGCUGCCGCGCCGCCAGAGCACGAUUUCAGUUCUCAGCCUGAAUCAAAGUUCUUAACCUGAGGUAAUAUUUCUGGGUUAGCAGAGUCUGUAACCUGAAGCGUAUGUAACCUGAAGCGUAUGUAACCCGAGGUACCACUGUAACCCUCUUCCUUGAUUUUUUUGGCAGGGCUUCCCUUGAACUGUACCCACCCACUAAAUGGUUGUUUGUUUGUUUUUAAAGGGAUUUUCCAAAAUUGCAGUGACGCCAGACUAA